AUGGCACAGGACUUCAGCGAUCCCCUCACGUCGGCCGCAUAUGCCUCCUCUAAGACUGCAUCGGGACACGAUCCCCUGCUUGCACCAGUUCCAGUACCAGUGACAGCUGCGAACGAACGGCCCAUUCCAUCCGUGAACACCAGGACAACCAAAAUCACCCAGAGCACUUCUGAUCCCUUGUCGUCGCCGACUAUAAAGAAAUCGCUUGCGCAGAAUCGUCCUACACCGUCUGCAUCCGUCCAUCAAAGGGCCUCAUCACCAGCCCCUUCAAAAACGACGUCGAUAGGGACUAAACCUAAUCGCUUCUCCGACAUCUCUUCGUCCUCCUCCCCUUCUUCACCCCUAUCGCACCCCUUCUCUGAUCCUCUCAGCAGUGACAGUAUCAACGGCGGUCAUGAGCCAUACAGGCACGAAAACGGCUUCUUUGACAGAAGUAAUAGCAACCUGAACCACCGUUCGACAAUCGCUUCCUUCCCGCCGAACCCCCGCGUCAGUACCUCAGCCAGCGGUAGCAGCAGCAGCGUACCCAACAGCACAAUUCACUCUCCAGUGCCUCCUGCAAAGACCGUCAGCAGUCCAAAAACAGUCUCAUCGCCGCCAAGAACUAGCCGGCGUGAGUCUUCGUAUGAGCAGCAACGCGUCAAGGCACCUCAAUACCUCCAUAUCACCAUCCCGGACACGGAUCGAAGAGGCAGAGAUGGCCUCUUUACGCUUUCUGUUCAAACGAACAUGCCUCGAUACAAACGCCAGUCGUAUCGUAAUGUUACGCGCUCCUAUCUCGAAUUUGUCAGGCUGAGGGAACAUCUUGUCGCAGAGCAUCCAGAGGUCAUUGUUCCUGUGCUGCCCCCAGAACGAUCGUUUGUGAGUGCGUCGGACAUUCAAUCAAUGCGCCUUUUCGUGGAGAGGAUAAGUCGCCAUCCGGUUCUCUCACAGGAUUAUGAGCUGCAGAUGUUUAUUGAGUCUGAGUUCGGCUUUCUUCCGCCAGCCAAGCCCAAAAAGAUUUUGGGCAAAUUACUCAACAUCGGCGUGAAGAGAUUCAGCUCUGGAGGAGGGGCCAGUUUAUCAAUGGGCGAUACUGACGACGAAUUCGAAGAGGAGAGGGCCGUUGCAUCUAAGGUCGAGACCAAACUGCAGACCGUAAUCAAAUGUCUGGACAGGGAGAUCAAAGCCAGGAGAGAUCUUAGUUCAAAGGAAUCUGAGCUGGCAACGCUGAGUAAUGCAUCGGCGACUACUGAGAGUUCACAGGAGUUGGCAAGAACAUUCAAACUGCUAGCAAAACCACUGGAUGGUAUGGCAAAAGCCAGUAAAGCACAGGUCGGAGGUGAUGCCACAGUGCUGGGAAGCUUUUUAGAGUAUAAAUUACAGCAUGUGCAGACACUUUCUGGUGCACUGCACUAUCGGUUGUCUGUCCUGGGCGAGUACGAUGCAGCGAUCAAGAGCACAGAGAGUAAGCGUAAAAUCAUGGAGAGGCUGAGAUCGUCGACAAACAUCAACCCCGAGAAGGUGACGGACAGCAUUGACGACCUAGAGGAUGCGGUACUGUUCGAGGGCAAUAUGAAAAAGAGGAUGGAGCAAGUCUCGACAGCCCUGACGAAAGAUCUGGAAGGAUAUAAACAUCAAAGUCAGGAGGAUCUCUUGCGCGCUCUACAGCAGUACAGUCAACGACAGGUUGGAUUCGAAAGGGCGAAAUUAGAAGAGUUGCUGUCUGUCAGUGCAGGGCUCGGGACGGAUCAGGGCCAGGAGGGGCCAGAAAACGAUCAUCCGCAGCGGAGUGGGCGUCUAUCUGCAGGCAGCCCUUCGCCCAGCAGGAAUUCGCGAGGAUCAUCACCCGAGUGA